AUGUACACAGAUUUUAGGCAAGAGCUACUGAUACGACCGGUACGUAUAUACCGGGACCCGUUCCGGGGCGGCCAAAAUCGGUUAGUACUGUGCGAUACACUAUCGUCUGAUGAUAAAACGCCCAUGGCCAAUAAUCACCGGGCUAGUUGCCUGGAUGCCAUGGAAAAGGCGAGUGAUUAUGAGACAUGGUUUGGUGUUGAGCAAGAGUACAUGUUGCUAGAUGGCGUAGCUUGUAAGUGGCACCUGGGUUGGCCCGUUAAUGGCUACCCAGAGCCGGUGAUGUCUGCCGAUGCUCUAUAUCACGGCGCUGUCGGGGCUAACAAUCAAUAUGGUAGGGAUGUUAUGGAAGCUCACUUCAGGGCGUGUAUGUACGCCGGGGUUAUGAUAAGUGGCGAAAAUGCCGAGGGUCAACCAUCCCAGUGGGAGUACCAAGUCAUAAUGUCUCGCUAUAUACUACUCCGUGUGGCCGAAGACCUGCACAUUGGGGUAACGUUUGACCCGAAACCAGUGCCGGGUUGGCUCGGGUGCGGUGCGCACAUGAAUUUCAGCACUCGACGCACGCGCAACAGCGGCGGCCUGGCCGAGAUUGAACGCGCUUGCCACAAACUGGCCAAAACACACGCUAAACACGUGCGCGCUUACGACCCUAAUGGCGGGGCUGAUAACCAGCGCCGUUUGACUGGCCUGUGGUGGUCGAGCAGUAGUACGGAGUUUACGUGGGGUGUGGCCGACAGGUCGGCCAGCGUGCGAGUGCCCAAACAGGUUGCGCUAACUGGCCGGGGCUAUCUGGAUGAUCGUAGGCCAGCGGCUAAUUGCGAUCCCUACGCGGUUUGCGAGGCACUGUAUCAUAAAUUGCACGGCCUCACCACUCAGAAACAAGGUGAAAAUGGAAAUUAUAAAGAUCGGCGAGCUGAACUUUUAAGCAAUCAUCACGAUGAUCAAGUGGCGAGCAUUACGUCGAACGUGUGGAUACAUAGAAAACACUGUAAAAUGAAACGUGAGGGCUGUGUCCACACCAGCGAUGCAUUCGAGGCGUGCGCCGAAUUGAGCUGUCCAGAUACGUGUUAUUAUGAACAGGGAGAAUUUAAGCCGAGUUGCGACGAUGAGCGGGAUUCACAAGUUAAGGAGUAUCAUAAGAUGGUGGAUCAAAGAGGUCUGGCCGAAAUAGAUCAGGAUCAAGGGAUAGUGAACAUGAUGAUUCAGGAUCAGGUGAUAAUGGACAAGAUGGAUCAGGAUCAGGUGGUAAUGAACCAGAUGGAUCAGGAUCAAGUGGUGAUGAACCAGAUGAAUUAG